AUGCAUCAACGAGACGGGGACUUCUGGAGCCGUACUGGAGCAAUUCUCCAAAAGAGGGGCCGCCCUGGACGGGUCCUGGAACGGGACUACGGCGGGCAGGCCCUCAGUCCAUUCCGUCUCAACUCUCAAGGCAAGUCUUUGUGUCCAUGUCUCAUGAGCGGGAAAGAAAACUUGGAAGGCGCAGAUGUAUCCGUAGUGGACCUGAGGAGAGAAUCUGAGAAAGAGAACGACCUGGAAGAAAGAUUACUAGGGCCUCCCCAGUGCCCCAUUUGCAGCAAUUUUUCUCUUCCCGUGAAGCCUAGUUGUUCUUACCUACUGGGAAACUCCUCCAACUUUUUUUUCUCCUCAGACAGUCGGACCUCUCACCAUCUGUCCCCAGUCUUUUUUUUUCUUGCGCAAUGCUGCGGCUUCAGAAAAAUUUUCCUUAUCUUUGGCAACUUUAUUACCCUUCUCAGUCUAACCUGGAAAGCACCCACGCCGCAGUCACUCACGGCGGAAACCUAUGCAACCAAGCCCUGUAAUGCCGCCAUUCCAUUGUCUCCCAAGGCGUCAAGGACAUCAAGAGCGGUCACGAUAGAGACGACAUGA